CGAGGCGCAGUAGCUUCCUAUUCGGAAACUUUCUGAGUCAGUUCUUCAGCCAAAAUCUGCAGAAUGAGAUCGUGGAUUGGAGUUCUCGCUGCACUGGUCUUUUGUCUUCAUAGCACCGACGCGGUUGUUACGUUGACGCAGGUAAAGUCUGUCUCGGCCGCUCCGGGAGAAACUGUCAAGAUCAGCUGCACCAUGUCUGGAGACAGCAUCGAUAAAUGGUACAGCAGCUGGUAUUGGAAGAAGCCCGGCAGUAUUCCACAGCUUAUCUGGUCUGAGAAAAACGGCAGAACCCCGGGAAUUUCAGAUCGAUUACAAGUUUCUUUCGAAACAUCGCAAAACCGGAUGCUUUUAACUAUCGCGAACGUAAAAUCCGAAGACGCUGCUGUUUACUAUUGUUAUUCGGCACGCACCUUUGGUAAAGGAACGAACCUCGGUGUGACUGUUCGUCGACCCCCGGCGGUGACCAUUUUCCGGCCUUCAGAGGAAGAAAUCGCAAAAAAGAGCACCGCUACCCUGGUGUGUUUAGUGAGCGGGUUUAAUCCGCCCGCUGUGAAUAUUGAAUGGACGGUGGACGGCAGUACGAGAAGGAAUGGUGUCGAGACUAGCCGGGUACAGCAGGACACGGACAACACGUUCAGUGCGAACAGUUAUCUGACUCUGUCAGCCUCAGACUGGAGCUCACAAGAGCAAUUCUCCUGUGUGGUGAAACACGAGACUCAGCCAACCCCGCUUCAGGCAACGAUCGCGAGAUCUGGUUAUACCUAAUCAAGGAUCCUUCUCACUAUUCUAUUAUUCUCUUUCUCCGCGCAUUGCGUGUUGGUUUUUUUUAUCUUUUUUUUUGGUUUUCUUGCUAUGUGGCUGCCUGUAAACAGACAAAACUCAAGGGUGUAUAAUUUAUACCUUUGAUAACAAAUGUACUUUGAAUCUAUGAAUCUUUAUAUUCCAAUCUAAAUCUUUUUUGGGGAAGAAUCUGUCGAAUCAAAAGCAUUGAGUAUUUUCACAAGGAUAUUGUGAAUUCCAAUAUGAAUUGAGGGGUCGAUGUGAUUUGGUAAAUGGGUCUGAAUAAUAAACUGCUGUAUGG